AUGGAAGUGGUGCCGAGGGAAUACGCCGAGUUACCCGAUGGCACGCCUUUUCUUCAAUACACACCCCGACCUUCACAUCUACUAUUCGCCAAGGAUUGUAGGAAGGCGUGCCAGCUUGGUUUGUGCGCUCUGGUUGGAGAUGGCGUUCACGAUCUCCAACCGAGCGCUACAAAUCAAACGGGCCAGCUCUACAUAAUCCACGGAGUGAUGCCAAACUCCGUGGAUUUCCGAUUACUAUUAUGCCAUAUGAAAACGGAACGGGUUUAUGACGUGAUCUAUGGAAAAUUGAAGGAUGCCAUUACAGAAGCUGGAGGAUCGGAGCGACUGAGAUUCUGCUGGACUAUGAGAAGGCCGCCAUUACUGCGGCUAAGAGGAAUUUGUGGAACAAAUGGAACGUCAAGGAGCUGUGCACCACUAACGUCGCGGACGGCAUUCAACAGAGCUCUGUGCAAUUUCGGAGACAAGUUUGUCUAUCCUGUUCUGCCGGCUUUCGCUAAACCAGUGUGGAAUCACCCUGCUGGGCCCAAGACCGUCUUCUUCUGGGCUCCAACUAUCAAAUGGGGACUUGUUAUAGCUGGUAUCGCGGAUCUCGCUCGUCCGGCGGAGAAGCUCUCUGUUUAU